ACUCUGACAGAUACAAAUAGAGAAAAAACCAUCAUCACAAGAGAGAGUCACAUGAAAUGGCCACAAAACAAGUUACUUUGAUUCAUGUGGAUGAUGACUACAUUGACAUGGAACUGUGUUCCUCUCCCAACUUCUUCUCCUAUUCUCUUAGCUCUCCACCAUCCAAUAGAGAGUUUGAAUUCCAAAUGAAUGAGAAAGAGUCAUCAGCUUCACCAGCUGAUGAUCUCUUCUACAAGGGAAAACUCCUCCCUCUUCACCUCCCCCCUCGUUUGCAAAUGGUUCAAAAGCUCAUAGAGAACUCCAAUGCCAACUUUGAGUGUGUGAAACUGAAAUCACACUCAGCUUUGGAACACACAAACUUUCCAUUCACCACUAACCUUAGAGUACCUUCAACAAAUGCCAACACCCCUCUUGAAUCCAUCAUCUCACCUUCAGAAUCACGCCGAGUUAGCAGUGAUGUGAGCCCUACUCAAUACCAACUAGGGUGGUUUUCUGACAUGAACAACCUUAUUGGUGAUAAUCUUCCCAAGAAGUCUUGGCCCAAGAAACUCAAACAGAUGAAGCAGUUCUGGCUAGGUCAGAGACUCAAGGCCUCAAGAGCUUAUCUCAAAACUUUGUUCAACAAAUCUGGUUGCUCAGACAAGUUCUGUGCCAGUGCUGCAAGCAACAUGGGAGUGGAGAAGAAAUCAAAGUGCAAAGAUUGUCAAAACAAGUACAUGAAGGUUGCAAGGAGAAGUCCUUUUGAGGGUUUUUAUGAUAGCAAGCAACAGCUAACUUGUGCUGUCAUGAAGACCAUUAAAAGGGAAAUCCUUGAAGUUGAAGAUGAUUUCUGUGACCACAGAAGGUCUUUUUCUGGGGUUGGUCAACGACAUUGUGCCACCAAGGCUUCGUCUCUGUCCUCAUCUUCAUCAGGGUCCUCUUCUUCAUCUUCAUCUUUUUCUUUCAGCUCAGCUGGGUACUAUGACUUGCAACUUUUCAAGAGGAGCAUAAGUGCAAAUUAUGAGCUGGAAAGUUCAAUUGAGGGAGCCAUUGCUCAUUGCAAACAGUCUCAGCAGCACUGUAGUUCAAAGAAUGGUUCAGAUGAUAGCAGGAUUUGUUCUCAGUUUGCUACAAAAAUGCAGUUGGUGGGAGUUAAUGAAUAGCUACACUUGCCAGUACCGGUGUUGGUGAGUAAGAGAGUGAGGAGAAAACCUUGUAGUAAGAGAAGAAAGAGGCAUUUUCAUUUGAAAUGCUGUUGCAUUUUGAUGGAGUUUACUGUUUCAAUUAAUAGCCUGAGUUUACCAGCAUUAAUUUGUUAAAAAAUAA